AUGCUGCCGGAACAACAACGCAAAGGUCUCUUUGACCUCCCGGCGGAGAUCCGCAAUCAAAUUCUCGCGCAAUCGACAGCCAUCACCGACAACGAGACCGGCGAGCCGAAGCCUAUCGCAUUGCGAUCCCUCCUCGUCGCCCACACACGCAUCAUGAACAACAUGCUCGUCUCCAAGCAGUUCCUUGCAGAGAGCUCUCCCUUGUUCUGGGGAAACAACAUCAUCCGAAUCGAACAGUCCACCGAGCGUGCCGUUGGUAACACUGGGAAUCUUCUGCCCACUGAACGUGCCGUCGGCAACCCAGCGUACCCAGAGCGUCAUGAAGUCACCAGCGAUGAGAAUGGACUGGUAACGUCCGGCAAGGUGGAGUUCUUCCGGGGUGUUGCUGUUUCCAACUCGCUGCAGAUCAAAGUCUUCGGUGCGUGUCUGGCGACCGACGCGCCGAAGCGUCUGUGGGAGUAUGCCUUGCUUCUGCCUCCGAAGAAGUACUGGGACAUGAUGAAGAACAUUCAGAUCGAGAUCCCAGUUACGCGCAGCUCGCGGGCGCUCGUCGGCGACAAUGUCGAACACGGGUGUGGCUGGCUCUGGACCAUCCGUCAUCUCGGAGAUACUGGAUUCCAUGAUUUGGAGUUGGUGACAUUCAAAUUCAUUGGCGAGAUUAGCGAUGCACAGAAGCAGCUCAUCGAGGCUUACGUUGCCGCUUCGAACAUUGACGCAAAGACGGUGAAGGUCGUUUUUGAGGAUGCUGUGGUGAACGGUGGUCGCAAUUGGUAG